AAAGGGUCGUGCCACUACGGUACAAAUGUUCCAAGCUGCCGCCUCCAGAGAGGAAGGCGGUCAUCUUCAUUCAGGCAGCAGGUGGAAGGGGCCAGCAGAAGGAGGAGAAUCUGAUUAAGAGGACAAUAGGGAAACCAAUGUGGCAGAUUGGUUUGAUCACAGUUUUUAAGUGCAUGCAUUGAUUCCUGUUUUGCAUCUUGAGAGGGGCAGAAACUGAAGGGGACAAAAGUCAUCAACCUACUAAGUGGCCACAGAGUUGUUUGUAGCAUUUGAGCCUGCCUGCUCUCUCUGUAUUACCAUCACUUCACCAAGCAGUUUCCUCCACAGAGUAGCUCAACAGUGUUGGAUUGUUCCCGGAUUUCCAUCCAAUUGUCAAAAAGGCCCAGGCGGGCUUCAUUUCCCCCAAUCUCUGGAGCCACAUUCUUAGAAGAUCUAGCAGUUAUCAUGCAAGUUGCUGUUGGCCCCCUUAGUGCUAGGUCGAAUCUCGGGUCAGCAAGCAGUCUCGUCUGGCAACCCAGCCCUCCUACUCCGCAUCCACCUGCAUGCAUCAGAUGCACCCAGCCUCACUCUCUGCGCCCGUUUGAUGGCCCCUCUUCUCAUACUGCGCUCCCGACGCAUUUAGCCAGAACGCGCAUGCCAGGCCAAGUCCAUCAUCUCCCCCCUCCAAGUCCUCAUUCUGGAAGCGCGUUGACUGCUUUCUCACCAGGAGCGAGCUGGCACUGUAGAUCUGCAAUGAGUGCAUCCACAUUAGGAGCAAGCCAUCCUUCCAACAGGGCCAUGAGGGCAUUCACACCAGGGGCAGCGUCAGUAGACGUGGCCUCAGUAAGCAAGGAAGCGCUCGAGGCUGCCACGUCGUCUCCCACUCCGGACAGCUCGGACGAGCCAUUCAAGUUACUGCAAACAGCGUCCGAACACCUGCCGCUGGCGUAUCACCGCCUAGAGGGGGGGUCCCCAGGCCUCAUGUUUCUCCCGGGGUUCAUGUCAAACAUGACCAGUGGGAAGGCGAUGGCCUUAGAGGCUUACGCACGUGACAACGGACGCGAGUACGUGCGCUUCGACUACCACGGCCACGGCAGUUCGGGGGGGCGAUUUGAGGAGUGCACCCUGGGGGGGUGGAUCGAAAACGCGCUCGAUAUCUUGGACAAGGUCACCAGCGGGGGACCGAUGGUAUUGGUUGGGUCCAGCAUGGGCAUGUGGAUAGCGAUCCACGUGGCACUACGCCGGCCCGACAGAGUGGCAGGCCUCGUCGGCAUCGGGGCGGCGCCCGACUUUACGCAGCGCUUCUGGCUGACGCUGUCCGCGGAGGAUCGGGAGAGCUUCGAGAAGGAUAGGCUAUUGCUCAAGCAGUCGCCGUAUAGCGAAGAGCCGUACAAGAUCUCCCUCGAUCUCGUUACGGAGGCCCGCCAGCAUUUACUGCUGAACAACGCAGAGAACACCGUCGCCGUCGAUUGCCCCAUCCGACUGUUGCACGGCUGCCAGGACGUCACAGCGCCGCCCCACCUGUCGUCGGACAUUAUGAACAUGGUUACCAGCACCGACGUGGAGGUAACCCUGGUCAAGGACGGUGACCACCGGUUAUCGACGCCAAGGGAUUUGGACCGCAUGGUGCGGACGGUGGAAGAGCUGUUGCGGACGCUUGAAGGACAUCAGAAGGGCGAGUAGACACGGCGUCGAUUAGUUGGUCGGGAGAGGCAUUUCGAGCUUGAAGUCCUCUUCAUUUGUAAAAUGGAAUUCUUAGAGAAGAAGCAGUAUUCAGGAGACGAGAAGCUGAGAUGCUUGCACAUUAGCUGGGCCGCUCACCGGAAAUAGUUGAUUCAGGGAUGGCGCAUGUCCAAAUCUGGUCUAAGCACUGAAGUUGAAGAUGGGGGAUUGUGUGACCAGCAAACGGGCUUCGCGGAAUGUAAUCUAAAGUUGGUUGGAACAGCCAAGGAACGUCCAAGGAGAAGAAGCGUUGGUUGAUUAGUAUUGUGACUGGCUGAUUGUUGGGAGCACGCGCGCGCAUUGAUUGCCACAAUAAGAGGUUUGAACAUACAUUUUUCAAGGUGUACUAUAUAUUGCAUGCAAUUGAUCUGGAGAUUUGCCCAGUGAAAGGAAAGAC